AUGGAAGCAUUUAAUGUUGGUAUAAUAAAUACGCAACAGAUAACUUCAUUAGCAUUAGAUUGUAUUAUUUCAAAAUUUGAAAAUCUUAAGACUGUUUGGAAUAAUAUUCCAAUAAAAAGGAAUAUUAACUUGGAUCCUAUUAAAGGAUUUUUGAUUUUGAUGUUUUUGCAUGGGACAUUUCGAACAAUUUCACUACUAAUAGCAACAAAAGAUUUGUUUCCUGAUAAUUAUAUCAUAAAGUCGGUUAUUUCGGCUCUUGGUUGGGCAUUUGGAUGCUUCGCUAUUGCAACCUACUUAUUUAGCAUAUUUAAAGUACUUCCUCGAUUAGCAUUAAACCAACACUCUGUCUUCAGUAUCGAUGCCGAUCUUCCUGAAGACCAUUUGACUGCAAACCGGUUUAUACCAAACCCUAACUCAAUGCUUAAAGUGUAUUGGACAUAUACAAUCACUACAUUUGUUCUUACUUUAAUUUUGUCAAUAUUAAGAGGUUAUUUUCAAGGAACUGGUGAAAAUACGCCAUUUGAUAUAACUCACACACUUCUAGGAGUUGGGCUUGGAAUUUCGGACGUGUUAGGAAUCGUAUGUUUUAUGAAGUAUGGAAGAUUAGUUAUUAAAUUACUUGAGGAAAGUGCUACACUAAUAGGAUUGAUGGACAUAAGAAAUUCGCAACGUAAGACUUUAUGUCUAGAAGAUUAUCGUAUUCAUUUGAAGAAGCUCAAGAUUAUAAAUUUUAGCCUACUUGUUACAGUUGGUUGGUUUGGGUUUUUAGGUUUUUUUGCUGCUCUUAUGAGAAGAACAAUAGAGAAAUACAUGAUAUGGUACAUAAUUAUAGCAGCUAUAAGCUUAGAUGGAACCACUAUGUUAAUUUUGAUCACACUUCUUGUAAUUAUUUAUGG